AGUGUCUAUUCCAUCUCGUUACUAGAGGGCCUGCACCUUGUGGAACCGUGUGGUGCAGACCUGAAUGCGGAGGACGCGGCGGGUGUCACGGGGACGCGAAAACUCCCGGGAGCCGCUGUCGCCGCGGGGCGGCCUGGGAAAGUCAGCAGCGCAGUGGGGGAACCGCAGCCCGGCGGCCCUGGAACCUCCCAGGGCUCACUGAUCACCCAGACAUGCUCACCUGUGGAGCAGAACAAAGAGGCCUGAAAGGUGAAGAGGAAGGAGAGAGUAGCUAAGGAUCCAGGGCAGCAAGCCAUCUAUUCCUUGAUCUUGAAAGAAAAACUCAAGAAAAACAGAAAGAAAUGACUGAUUCUCCAGUAAGCAUGUCCCAGGGUCUGUUGACUUUCAGGGAUGUGACUGUGGACUUCCCUCAGGAGGAGUGGGAAUGCCUGGACUCUGCUCAGAGGGCUUUGUACAUUGAUGUGAUGUUGGAGAAUUAUAGCAACCUGAUCUCUGUGGAGAACUAUUACAUAUGUGAUCCUGCCCAUCAACAUGUGAAGACCGAAAAGGAGUCUUUUCAGUGUAAUGAACUUGGCAAAGUGCUUCAUGACCCCUCCACAAGUGCUUUUUAUAAAACAAGUGGAACUACAGAAAACUCCAGUAACUACACAUGCACUAACCCCAGGGAUUCUUCUAUUGACUCAUCAAACAUAGAUAGACAUGAAAGCAUCCACACUGGAGAAGAACCUUACAAAUCUAAAGACUGUGAGAAAUCUCAAAAUUUGUAUUCCAGCAUUACUCAAGAUCAGAGACUCUACACUGCAAACAAAGAACACAGGCAAGGAGAAUACGAUGACUAUUUCAGCUCUACAUGCAGUCUUUUGCAACAACCAGUCUACAUUGGAGAGACACCAUACCAGUGUGAGAAAUGUGGGAAAUCCUUCAGGACCGCCUCACACCUCUCUGUACAUCAGAGAAUACAUACUGGAAAGAAACCCUACAAGUGCAACGAUUGUGACAAAUCCUAUAACCAGUGGGCAAAUCUUAAAACACAUCAAAGACUUCAUACUGGGGAGAAACUUUGCAAAUGCAAAGAAUGUGGAAAGUCCUUUCCUCAGUUCUCAGCACUUAAAAGCCACCAGAAAACGCAUACAGGAGAGAAGCCUUACAAAUGUAUGGAAUGUGACAAAUCCUUUGCCCACUGUUCCAGUUUCAGGAGACAUCAGAAAAUCCAUACUGAUGAGGAACAUUGCAGUUGUCAAGAAUGUGGCAAGGUCUUUCAUCAGCUAUCACAUCUUAAAAGCCAUUACAGACUCCAUAGCGGAGAGAAGCCUUACAAAUGCAAUGAGUGUGACAGAUCCUUUCCUCACUAUUCAUCACUUAGAUGGCAUCAGAAAACUCACUCUCUAGAGACAUUUUACAAAUGCAAAGAAUGUGGUAAGUCCUUUCUUGAAAUAUCACAUCUUAACAGACAUUACAGAAUCCAUACUGGUGAGAAGCCUUACAAAUGUGAGGUGUGUGACAAAUCCUUUACUGUGAAUUCAACUCUUAGAACACAUCAGAAAAUUCAUACUGGAGAGAAAUCAUACAAAUGUAUGGAAUGUGACAAAUCCUUUACCCGGGACUCACAUCUUAGAAGACAUCAGAGUGUUCAUACUGGAGAGCGACCUUACAGUUGUAAAGAAUGUGACAAAUCUUUUACUACAUGCACAUAUCUUAGAGAACAUCAGAAAAUUCAUACUGGAGAAAAACCUUACAAAUGUGGAGAAUGUGACAUGUCUUUUAUCCAACGUUCAAAUCUUAGAACACAUCAGAGAGUACAUACUGGAGAGAAACCUUACAGAUGUAAGGAAUGUGGCAAAUAUUUAACUACACGGUCAACUCUUAGAGAACAUCAGAAAAUUCAUACUGGAGAGAAACUGUACAAAUGUAUGGAAUGUGAUAAAUUCUUUACCCAUAACUCACAGCUUAGAACACAUCAGAGAGUUCAUACUGGAGAGAGACCUUAUAGUUGUAAGGAAUGUGACAAAUCUUUUACCACAUGCUCAUAUCUUAGAGCACAUCAGAAAAUUCAUACUGGAGAGAAUGUCUACAAAUGCAAAGACUGUGACAUGUCCUUUCUCCAGAAUUUUAGUCUUAAAAUACAUCAAAAAAUUCAUACUGGAGAGAAACGUUAUAAAUGCAAAGAUUGUGACAUAUUUUUUAAUCAGAUUUCAGAUCUUAGAACACAUCAGAAAGUCCAUGCUGGAGAGAGACCUUACAAAUGUCUGGAAUGUGACAAAACCUUUACCUACAUGUCUAAUCUUAGAACACAUCAGAUAGUUCACACUGGAGAGAGACAUUACAGAUGUAAGGAAUGUAACAAAUCUUUUACUGGCUUCUCAGACCUCACUGUACAUCAAAGAAUACAAACUGGAGAGAAGCCUUACAGAUGUGAAGAAUGUGAUAAAUCUUUUACCCGGCCUUCAACUCUUAGAGCACAUCAGAAAAUUCAUACUGGAGAGAAGCCUUACAAGUGUGAAAAAUGUGACAAAUCCUUUAUCCGGCAUUCAACUCUUAGAACGCAUCAGAGAAUUCAUACAGGAGAGAGGCCUUACAGUUGUAAGGAAUGUGGCAAAUCUUUCACUACAUGCUCGGACCUCAGAACACAUCAAAAAAUUCAUACUGGAGAGAAAAUUCACAAAUGCAAACACUGUGACAUGUCUUUUCUCCGAAUUUCAACUCUUAGAAGACAUCAGAGUGUUCACACUGGAGAGAGACCUCACAAAUGUCAGGAAUGUAAUAAAUCCUUUAUUGACAUGUCACAUCUUAGAGCACAUCAGAGAAAUCAUACAGGAGAGAGACCUUACAGUUGUCAGGAGUGUAAAAAGUCUUUUAUGAGGUACUCGCACCUCAAAGCCCAUCAGAACAUUCAUACUAGAGAGAAACAACAAAUACAAUGACUAACAUACCCUAUAUCCAUCUUUCAAAUUGUAGAAUACAUCAGAAAGUUCACACUAGGGAGAAAAAUGCCAUUCUCAUAAUGUACAUUCUUUGAUAUUUUUCUUAUAAAUUCCAUAAGCGUAUAUAAUAUGCUACAGGAUAAUUUUUGUAUAUUGUGAUGAUGGGUCUUUGCCACAUUUUCCUCUGGUUGAAUAAAGCACUGAGUGGCUGAUAACUAGGCAGGAGAAAAUGGGAAGAACUUCUCAGAAAAGAGAGGAACUUGGGAUGAAUCUCGUGUGGCAGCAGAUGACAGCAAGUCUUGGGAAGAGUCAGAUGUACAGAAUGGAGGAGAGGUAAAGAGCCAAUUGGCAAAAUGUAGGUUAAUAGAAACCUGAUAUUUUAAGUUAUAAGAGCUAGUUGGUGCUGUAGGAACCCCUUCAGCCAAUAUCCUCUAAGAUACCAACAUGGUCUCUUAUCCUGUAAAUGCUAAGAUAAAGCACACAUCUUCUUCUCUUCUGGCUGCUGGAUUCAGUUCCUGUUCCCCAUUCAUGCAGAGGACUGUGAUA